UUCUCGACCUCCCCCGCCGCCCAUAACCGCCCUCCUCCUCGGCUCGCCACCCCACUCCCUCCCUAUUAAUUCGCUCCCGCCAUCGCCGAUCCAUCGGACGUAAACCUGCAGUUUCGCGCACGGAGCUGACCGUCGAUCAGAUCGAUCGGGCCGGAGGAAACAAAGACCAGAUCAGAUCAGGCCGGAGCUGACCGUGUUGUCGUCGUCCGGCCAUGGCGAGCAGCCUCCUCCCCGUCGUGGCGCUCCUCGCGCUGCUCUUCGGCGCGUCGCGCGCCACCGACUUCGAGGUCGGCGCGGACGCCGGGUGGGUCGUGCCGGCGGCCGGCGGCUCCGGCACGUACAACGACUGGGCGUCCAAGAACCGCUUCCUCGUCGGCGACAGCGUCCAUUUCAAGUACAAGGCGGACUCGGUGAUGGAGGUGACGCAGGAGGAGUACGACAAGUGCGGGUCGACGCACCCCAUCUUCUUCUCCAACAACGGCGACACCGAGGUGCGCCUCGACCGCCCGGGCCCCUUCUACUUCAUCAGCGGCGUCACGGGCCACUGCGAGCGCGGCCAGAAGAUGGUCGUCAAGGUCAUCGGCCAGAACGAGCCCCCGCCCGCGCCCCCCAGCGGCGCCGCGCCGCCCAGCAUCGGAUCCGGCGCCGCCGCCAUCACUGCCGUCGCGAUGCUCUUGCCUGUUCUCGUCAUGCGUGGUAUCUGAUGACUGACUAAAUAGCGCGGGCCGGCGGGACAUCCAUAAUGUUUUUGCAGCUUCAUUAGAUAAUGUGAGCGUGCUUAGUAAAUUGUUUUUCGUUGUGGUAUUUAACAUGUGAUUAACUUGUUGAUC